AUGUACGGAUUUCAUUAUGAUGUCAUGAAGCGACAUUAUGGUGAUAGGAUCGAGUUGCUGUAUACCGAUACUGAUUCCCUAUUCUACCGUGUGGAGACGAAAGAUUUUUACGACGACUUGGCAGCCAACCCGAAUCUUAUGCGGUUUAUGGACACCUCCAAUCUACCGCCCGAUCACAAGUGUUACUCGACUGUUAGGAAACGGAUUCCAGGCCUGUUCAAAAAUGAGACCGAUUCCCGCACUGUGUACGAAUUCGUAGCGUUGCGUGCCAAGUCUUACGCCUACGACGUGGAGCAGGACGUCUGCAUUCGUGCUAAGGGUGUUAUGGGGCACGUGAUUCGUAAUCACCUGACGUUCGCCGAACAUAAGCGGUGUUUAUUUGCCGACGCGGACGACGAUGCAGAAUCCGACGAGUGCGACGACGAAUUUGACGCUACUAUGGGUAAAAUGAUCGCAGCCGAUUCAGCGCUUAAAGCAGUCGCCCAAAUACACCGGAACGCCUCAAUACCUGCUACGCAUUCGCCUCACUCGUCGACGAUCACGCCCCCAUCCAACGUUUACAGCUAUAUGCCUUUCACGCCGUAUAGAGAAAAUGUUUCUAUACGCUCGUUUAAACACGAAGUGCGUACAAUAAGAUCCAUGAAAUUAGUUCUAAACAGGGCUGAUGAUAAGCGGUACGUGUUACCUGAUAACAUUUCCACGUACGCGCACGGUCAUUACCUCGCAAAUUAUUAA